CCCACUACUCUUUUACCAACUUAUUAGAUUUAAAAUUAAUAAAAUUUUGGAAGAAAGAAAAUGCGGCUACUGCUGACAUCAGCUAGGCCGGGCAUCCAGAUCUUGCAGCGGAAAGAAGCUUCUUCUCUCUGUGUCUGAGUCUGAGUGGGAGCAGAGGGAAUUGCUUGCAACUUGGGAACACAAAAACCAGAGAUGAAUUGGGAGGAAGACAACAACUUAAGAUUGGCCCAUGAAAAUUAGUCAUGAGACUUGUUUGUUUCUACCUCUUUUUCGUUCUUCUUCUAUCAUUCUCACUUCAUACUGCUGCUACUGCUCUUAGCCAAAGAAGAAUUCUGCAUCAGCCCUUAUUUCCAGACAGUUCGCCGCCCCCUGGUGCAGAUUCUCCGCCGCCUCCACCGCCUGACAGUCAGGUUUUUCCUAAUCCCGACCAGCCAUUCUUCCCGGAGGUUCCCACCGGACCCACUACCGAUGCCAGCCAGCCUCCCCCUGCGACUACCAAUGGCACAGCCCCAAUUCCCACCGCAACUCAACCCACCAAGCCUACUAAGAAAGUGGCCAUUGCGAUAUCGGUUGGGAUCGUCACACUUGGGAUGUUAUCGGCGCUGGCUUUCUUCUUGUAUCGCCACCGAGUGAAGCAUCCUGGCGAGUCACAGAAGCUUGUCGGUGGGGGUUUGCAGAGUUCUCAGGAGGAAUCGAGAGUGCCGCCGUCGAGUUUUCUGUACAUUGGGACGGUGGAGCCGUCGAGAAGAUCGGGCAAUGAGGCGAAUGGUGCCAAUGGAACAAAUGGAUCGCCUUAUCAUAAGCUGAAUUCGAUCAAAAGAUCGGAUCGGUAUCGGCCUAGUCCAGAGCUGCAGCCACUGCCACCACUGAACAACCCUCCGGUCAGAAAUAAUUCACCUCAGGCUAUGUCGUGGUCGGAUGAGGAGGGUCAUGAGACAGUCUUCUACACGCCGCAAGCCUCCUCCAUCGGCAAUGACGAAGGCUUUUACACUCCGGUUUCACGACAAAAUAGUAAUUCGAUCAACAGCAGCUCUGCAACUCCUGCGAAAACUGAAUCUCAUGGUACCAGUCCUGUUCCUCAUUCUAAGAGGACCUCUCCCAAAUCGCGGCGUUCAGCUUCGUCGCCGGAGACUAAGCAUGCUAUCAUACCAUCAAUAAAGCAGCAACCUCCUCCUCCUCCUCCUCCUCCUCCGCCACCUCCGUCACGGCCACCGCAACAGCUCACUGCUCAAUCCAGUCAACUAGCAAUUGCACACACCCCUAAAAGGCCAAAGUUUUCGACACCUCCACCCCCACCGAAUGUGGCGCGACUUCAGGCAUUGACCAACCGAUUCACAGAGACAUCCACAAUCCCAGCUCCGCCUCCUCCUCCACCACUAACAACACCCAGGAAAUCGGGGAGUUCGGAAUCAAGUGUCCCCCUGAUUCCAUCUGAAGUAUUGACAACUCCACAAUCUCGAAUUCUUAAAACAAACUCCACUCCUGGGAAUGAGAUAAAACCCCUUGAAAAUGGCAGUGGAGGCGCAAGUUCUUCUGGGAGGCUUGAUGCUGAUGAUGUGGAUGGAGCGAAACCCAAGCUUAAGCCUCUGCACUGGGACAAGGUACGGGCAACUUCGGAUAGAGCCACAGUGUGGGACCAACUGAAAUCGAGCUCCUUUCAAUUAAAUGAGGACAUGAUGGAGACUCUCUUUGGCUGCAAUUCCGCGGUUUCCAUUCCCAAAGAAGCAACUAGAAAAUCAGUUCUCCCCCCUGUUGAGCAGGAGAACAGAGUGUUGGAUCCAAAGAAGUCACAGAACAUAGCUAUUUUGUUAAGGGCAUUGAAUGUGACACGAGAUGAGGUUUCCGAAGCUCUUUUGGAUGGUAACCCAGAAAGCUUGGGUGCUGAGCUUUUGGAAACUUUAGUAAAGAUGGCUCCCACCAAGGAGGAAGAAAUAAAACUUCGAGACUACAGUGGUGACAUCUCGAAACUAGGAACUGCGGAACGAUUUCUCAAAGCAGUACUCGAUAUCCCAUAUGCAUUCAAAAGAGUUGAAGCCAUGCUAUACAGAGCCAAUUUUGAUACAGAAGUAAAAUACCUGAGGAAGUCCUUUCAAACCCUAGAGGCAGCAAGUGAGGAAUUGAAGAACAGCCGCCUGUUCCUUAAACUCCUUGAAGCUGUUCUCAGGACAGGAAAUCGAAUGAAUGUUGGCACCAACAGGGGUGAUGCUAGAGCUUUUAAACUCGACACACUCUUGAAAUUAGUAGACAUAAAGGGAACAGAUGGUAAGACAACGUUGCUCCACUUUGUGGUGCAAGAGAUUAUCAGGUCUGAAGAUGGAGGUUCUGAUCCUACCAAUGAGAAUCUUCAAACCAAGUCACAAACUAAAAUGGAGGAUGACUUCAAGAAGCAAGGAUUGCAGGUUGUGGCUGGGCUGAGCCGGGACCUCGGCAAUGUGAAAAAAGCAGCAGGAAUGGACUCAGAUGUCUUAAGCAGCUAUGUGUCUAAACUUGAAGUAGGCCUUGAAAAAGUGAAAUUGGUUUUGCAAUAUCAGAAUCCAAAUGUCACGGGGAAAUUCUUCGACUCAAUGAAGCUGUUUCUUAAAGAGGCUGAAGAAGAAAUCAUCAAGAUUAAGACCGAUGAAAGAAAGGCACUAUUGCUUGUGAAAGAGGCCACAGAAUAUUUUCAUGGUGAUGCAGCAAAGGAAGAAGCCCAUCCUUUCAGAAUCUUCAUGAUCGUAAGAGAUUUUCUCUCCAUAUUGGAUCAAGUGUGCAAGGAAGUGGGAAGGAUGCAGGACAGAACAAUGGUGGGUUCUGCUAGAUCCUUCCGGAUAUCUGCAACUGCUUCACUGCCAGUUCUCAGCAGGUACAAUGUGAGACAAGAUACAAGUUCAGACGAGGAAAGCUCAUCUCCAUGAAAAUAUGCCAAGACUCUCAAUUACCAGAUACUCCCAAGUCUUCCUUUACAGAUUCAUUUUCAAUUGAAGCAACAUGACAAGGCCCAUGUCAAAUGAGUAGGAUGGUCUCAAUAUGAACCCAGUCGCUCAUUACCAAAAAAACUCCUACUCCACACAGAGAGAGAUAUCAGAGGCCAACAUUGUAGCAAUGUAAGAGGACAGCAGAGGCAUAGAGUCCACGGCUUGGAAUAAGAAUAAGACACCCAGAAUGGUUCUACUCAUUCAAAAGAAAACAACACUGAGGGUUUCCAACAUUCAACACCUACAAUGAAUAUUCAACACAGGUUGCUAUAGUUAAGAUAGUCUUCUUAAUUUCAAUCAGAUCCCCACACAUAUUUUUAGAUGUCAUCUAUAUUGCUUCAGUCUGCAUUUGAUUGAUAGUUAUUACUAAUAAUUAGCACUUGCAGCAUUUUUUUUAGUGCCAUUAGGAACCAGUACUGUUUUGAGUGUAUUAAUCCAACAAAUGUUAUGUUCUUGCUUAUGAAGCCAUGGAGAAAUAAAAGUACAUGUUCCCAGCUCCAGCUCAA